AUGCAAAUCCGGAAAAGCUCAUCAAAUGCAACUUUGCAGCAAGGUGUAUCGAGUUUUGUGAAUCUAUCUACCUCUGCCUCUGUGAACCCAUCUACUUUUGCCUUUGUGAAUCUAUUUGCAUCUGCCUCUGUGAAUCCAUCUGCUUCUGGUGCAUCAAACUACAAGGCAAGGUCCAAGACUAUUGGGAGCUAG